GUGCGUCUCGCGCCGCCGCCGCCCGCCGCGUGAGAGGACGGGCUCCGCGCGCUCCGGCAGCGCAUUCGGGUCCCCUCCCCCCGGGAGGCUUGCGAAGGAGAAGCCGCCGCAGAGGAAAAGCAGGUGCCGGUGCCUGUCCCCGGUGGCGCCAUGGCGACCGGAGCGAACGCCACGCCGUUGGACUUCCCAAGUAAGAAGCGGAAGAGGAGCCGCUGGAACCAAGACACAAUGGAACAGAAGACAGUGAUUCCGGGAAUGCCUACAGUUAUUCCCCCUGGACUUACUCGAGAACAAGAAAGAGCUUAUAUAGUGCAACUGCAGAUAGAAGACCUGACUCGUAAACUGCGCACAGGAGACCUGGGCAUCCCCCCUAACCCUGAGGACAGGUUGGGAAACAGUUUUAACCAGCUGACAGUAACGCUUUUACCUUUUUCUCAAUACGUUUUACUGGUGGCAACAUAUUGUGUCAGUUCAAUAAAAUCCUAGUAUGACGACUGUACCCUGACCACUCUGGGGAUUAAGGUUUAAUUAGAAAUAUGUAUGGUCAGUCAACAGUUAGAAAAUUGGAAUAAAACUUAAAAAUGUUGGGAGAAUAAAAAGUUACAGGAAAAUGGACAACUGGUUUCCAAUUGGUAAGCAUGUAGAUCUUAACCUGAUUUACACACCCUUAGGGGACAGUGAGGUGGCCCGUUAACCUGCCUUUUCAGUACCUGCUUUGGCCAAAAGCCCAGGGCAUAGAGUUUUUCUCACAGGUACACGGUGCAGGGACUAAAAAUAUUUUUGAGCAUCACUGAACUUGAGCAAGCCAGGAGCUCUGGUCAGCUCAUUGCUGCAGUCUUCCUGCUCAUGGUUUUGAGAUGGUUUCAAAAUCAGAUGAGAUUUCUAACCAACUUCCUUCACUGCCAGUUAACUUUCAGCCUUGGCCAUUGCCUUGGGGGUGUUGGGAGGGGCCAGAAUAUUCUCACCUAUUUUGGGAAGGCAUGCAACCAACCCUAAAUUACUUUUUUUUUUCCUUAAAGGGAGCGUGGGCCUCAAACAGCUGUGGUCAUGUCAUUUCAGUUUGCAGUUUCUCUCACCUCAGAAAAAUAAAUUGUGUGGGGGAGAUGAACUUUUUUAAACUGGAAUUUUAUUAGCUGAUUGAACAGCUAAAAUUGGUCAUUUAAUUAGAAGGGCAGUAAGUCUCUCCCUCUCACUGAAUUUUCUCUUAGUACAUACAGCAUAGUUGAAAAGACUUUGCUUUAAAAAGUAGUGUUUUUGGUUUUUGUUACCCAGUUAAUAGCUUAUUAAAUCAGGAAGAUGAUGUAAUGGCUUUAGAAGUCACUCACUCAUGCAUCUUUCUUCCGCCCUUUGCCAGGAAACAUUAACUUCCUCGUUUCUCCAUAUUGACUCUUUAAUUUGACUUACUACAUUUGCUAUAUUUUACCUAUAGAUAGAUUUUGGUUGUAGGGUUGUGUUGUGUUUCGUUUCUUUUUGAAGAUUUUUUUUUUUUUUUUUUAAUUUACAUUGUAGGUCACAGACCACAACUGUUUAGUGCCUUUUUGGCCUUUUUCCCUUUAAUAAUAUGUCUACAGGUCACCAGUCAAUUCCUCCAAAGGUUGAAUUUUUAACAAACCUUCUUUGCUUCCUGGAUAACUGGGAUUAGAAUUUAGUUGAUCUAGCCGAUGCCUAUUGGAGGUGAAGAAGUCGGGCCAGUCUAACCUCUAGAAUACUAGCUUUUGCCUUUCACUUCUGCAAUUUGGGAGGAGGUUAAACUGUUGUGAGGCCUUCACAUGGCCAAUUGGGUGCUGGUAAGACUUGUUUUUGUAACUAGCUAAGAAUGCUUAAUUCCAGACAGCUGUGGGGUGGGAAUUAGAAAUGUCAAGCAUGUUAGAAAUAAAACCAGAGCAGGGUUUCUCCUCCCUUGUAUUCAGUUUUGAAAGAGGCCCUAAUGCCUGAUUGGUUUUGCUUUUGAGCCCAGGUUGGAGGGAAAUGCAUGGGUUUUCUUAAUUAAGAUAAUUUCUUAAAAAGGUGUUAUAUCACUUAAGCCACUUUAUUGUUAUUUUGAUACUGCUUAACUUGCACAGUAAAAACAUGUUUAAAACUUUUCUUGUAGACUUAAAUGUAUAAGAUGGUAGUCUAAUGAGCUGGGGUAUGUUUGCUUUUGUUCACUCUUAAUGGAUUGUGCUAACAGUUUAUACAAAUGCUAGAAACGGAGGUGUCAUUUAGCCGUCAUUAGCCAUGAACAAACCUGACCUUUUAUUCCAUCGUGUGUGUAACGUGGUGUGACAUGGUUCCCUUUAGGCUGAAGACAGUGGGAGCAGCCGAGUUCAGUCCUUGCUCUCCAACUAGGCAAGGUUCUCUCAACUAAACCAAGGGUCCCCUUCCCCUGAGCCCAUCUACAAUAGCGAGGGGAAGCGGCUUAACACCCGAGAGUUCCGCACCCGCAAAAAGCUGGAAGAGGAGCGGCACAACCUCAUCACAGAGAUGGUUGCACUCAAUCCGGAUUUCAAGCCACCUGCAGAUUACAAACCUCCAGCAACACGUGUGAGUGAUAAAGUCAUGAUUCCACAAGAUGAAUACCCAGAAAUCAACUUUGUGGGGCUGCUCAUCGGGCCCAGAGGGAACACCCUGAAGAACAUAGAGAAGGAGUGCAAUGCCAAGAUUAUGAUCCGGGGGAAAGGGUCUGUGAAAGAAGGGAAGGUUGGGCGCAAAGAUGGCCAGAUGUUGCCAGGAGAAGAUGAGCCACUUCAUGCCCUGGUUACUGCCAAUACAAUGGAGAACGUCAAAAAGGCAGUGGAACAGAUAAGAAACAUCCUGAAGCAGGGUAUCGAGACCCCAGAGGACCAGAAUGAUCUACGGAAGAUGCAGCUUCGGGAGUUGGCUCGCUUAAAUGGGACCCUUCGGGAAGACGAUAACAGGAUCUUAAGACCCUGGCAGAGCUCAGAGACCCGCAGCAUUACCAACACCACAGUGUGUACCAAGUGUGGAGGGGCUGGCCACAUUGCUUCAGACUGUAAAUUCCAAAGGCCUGGUGAUCCUCAGUCAGCUCAGGAUAAAGCACGGAUGGAUAAAGAAUAUUUGUCCCUCAUGGCUGAACUGGGUGAAGCACCUGUCCCAGCAUCUGUGGGCUCCACCUCUGGGCCUGCCACCACACCCCUGGCCAGCGCACCUCGUCCUGCUGCUCCUGCCAACAACCCACCUCCACCGUCUCUCAUGUCUACCACCCAGAGCCGCCCACCCUGGAUGAAUUCUGGCCCUUCAGAGAGUCGGCCCUACCAUGGCAUGCACGGAGGUGGUCCUGGUGGGCCCGGAGGUGGCCCCCACAGCUUCCCACACCCAUUACCCAGCCUGACAGGUGGGCAUGGUGGACAUCCCAUGCAGCACAACCCCAAUGGACCCCCACCCCCUUGGAUGCAGCCACCACCACCACCGAUGAACCAGGGCCCCCACCCUCCUGGGCACCAUGGCCCUCCUCCAAUGGGUAAAUCAGUACCUGGGAAGUACGCCUGUGGGCUCUGGGGUCUAUCGCCUGCAUCAAGGAAAAGGUAUGAUGCCGCCACCACCUAUGGGCAUGAUGCCGCCGCCGCCGCCGCCUCCCAGUGGGCAGCCCCCACCCCCUCCCUCUGGUCCUCUUCCCCCAUGGCAACAACAGCAGCAGCAGCCUCCGCCACCCCCUCCGCCCAGCAGCAGUAUGGCUUCCAGUACCCCCUUGCCAUGGCAGCAAAGAUCCCUCCCCGCGGCGGCGAUGGCCCGAGCCAUGAGAGUGAGGACUUUCCGCGCCCAUUGGUGACCCUUCCAGGCAGACAGCCUCAGCAACGCCCCUGGUGGACAGGAUGGUUCGGCAAAGCAGCCUGAGUUAUUUUUGUGGACGGAAUCGGAACACGCUGGCUCCAUAUCGUGAAAUUUUUAUUAAUUUUUUUCUUUUUCCUUUGUUACUUCUUUAUCUUUUCCUUUCUUCAGACUCCGUCCAAGGAGAUGCUCUCCCCGGUCUUCUGCUGCAAUUAGAUUCCUUUCCCUUCUCUCCAGUUCUCCUUCCCUUACCAAGGAGAGGGGAGCAAAUGGUUUUGGGCAAGGGCUUUGGCUAUUCAUGUCAAGCUGGUUGUGGGUUUUUCAAGGUGCCAUAGCCACCCCCAAAGAUGUUUGUUUAAAGCGUGGGGUUUUUUAAUCUCUGCCACCCUUGUCAAGGGAGUCUUGUAAAGUUGCCGAGGGUAGGUUCAUCUCCAGGUUCCGGGAUUCCCAUCCGUCCUGGCGCUCCUGCCAGCAGUGGGUGGGCAGCCUGAGCUCCCUCGGGCUCGCCUGCCAGCCUGGAGUUCUUCCUGUGCUCCUUGAUCACCUGAGCUGCCUCAGAUUCCAUUUGGUCCUCUCCUUCCUGGAAGGCUUCCUUUUAUGUUUUAUUUUAAUCCCAAAUGUCUGAAUGUUUUGCAGUGUGUAGGGGUUUGAGCCCCUUGUUCAUUCUCCUUCCUUUUUCCUCCCGCUUCUCUCUCCAUGGAGUGAUUCUGUUGACAAUAAUGUAUACUGCGCGUUCUCUUCACUGGUUUAUCUGCAGAAAUUUCUCUGGGCUUUUUUCGGUGUUAGAUUCAACACUGCGCUAAAGCGGGGAUGUUCCAUUGAAUAAAAGAGCAGUGUGGUUUUCUGGG